AUGAAGUUUAACGACUUUUUUUGCAUUUUUACUACAAAAGAAGUUCAAGAUGGCUCGGAUCUCCUGUCUGGUGAUGCCGGGGACGUCUGUGUUGCAGAACAGGCACAUUGCAUUGUUGUUCCAUCGUAUGCUGCAUGGUUUGACUACAACUCCAUCCACGGGAUUGAACGUCGCGGCCUACCAGAGUUCUUUAACGGUCGAAAUAAAAGCAAGACUCCUGAAGUCUAUUUGGCCUAUAGAAACUUUAUGGUGGAUACAUACCGCCUUAACCCUCAAGUUAGUCUCUAA